AUGUCGUUGGUCCCUGGCGUCUACAGACUCCGCACUGCUCAACCUAGUUCAUCUGGUGAUAUGUAUAUGGAGCUCAAGGAUGGAGCUAAGUGGAGUGGAGUUCAACUAGCAAAACUGAAACCAACAAGCGCGGCGCAAAAAUGGAACCUGAGUAAAGAGCAGGAUCAAUGGAUUCUGGACAAUGAGUCGCAAGACAACGAGGUUCUUUCCCCUCUUGCUAAUAACAGUAACGGUCAGUUAUUCGGCUCUGGACUCAAGUCGAAAGAAAACUCGAUUCUGAGAUGGAAGUUAUUCCAAUACGAAGGUGGUAUUUGGAGGAUCGAAAAUGUGGCGUUCCAUGACAAAGUAGUUGACCUUCAAGAAGGAAUCGCGCAGCCAGGGCAACCCAUCAUAAUUUACCCAGGGAGGGAUGAGACUGUCGAUAAUCAGAGGUGGCAUCUUGAGAAAGUGGAGGACUAG